AACUCUCCAAAAAUUAGGGUGAUUAAAGCCUGUGAGAGUCCAAGCACUGCGACCAGCUGCGUUGAACUGCCACCAACACACAAUUCAGGUGACUCUGGCGACCAUUGAAGCGAUAGACCAAAUUUGUGCAUGGCAAUGGUCAGAUCGAUAUCGAAAGAGUGGUAGCAGCAACAUCGACGACGGUAACGACGACGGCAAACUAGUAGAUAAGAAGACGGCAAACCAAUGCCUCAGGAACCUUCAUUACAGCUCCCCGAGAAUCUCGGGGCUCGAUGCUCUUUGUUAUAUGUCUGGGAUGAGGAAUACACCGUUCGCGCCUUGGAAGGGUAUCUUCAGUUCAUGGAAUUGAAAGCCAACUUUGAGGAUUGGGAUUGCGAGCAUCUGGCACCGUCCGUAGUGAUCGACUUGGUUUGGCAACAACAUCUCCUCUACAACAAGCAGUACAUCAGAGCGUGCGACGAGUACUGUGGAGCUUUGAUUGCUUACGACCCUGAUCUCUCUCUUGUCGCCGAUAGUUCGACGCAAGAGCAAAGAAUCAAGACUACCAAAAUUGCUCUGAAAGCAUUGUAUGGAAGAAAAUACGACGUCGACGUGUGGAAUUUUCUGGAGGCAUCCGGUACGAACAAGAAGGCAGGUUCGGGGAUACCGCCACGAACUACCGAAAGCAACAACCAGGAUUCAGUCGCCACGAGAGAGGACAAGAAACCAGCACCACGCCCGUCACCACCACAAGGGGCAUCCAACACCAACCGCAGUCGAUUCGACGCCCGCGAGGAUCAAGAACACCCCGCCCGGGCUCGCAGAAACGACAACCAGGCAGAAAUCAUUCGCGACGGAACAUUAUCAGACACUGAUUCAAGCGAGUUUCGAGUUGCCACUUCGCGCCCAUUACGACAUCAUAUCACACCCAUGGCUCAAAAUCGAAUACCCCAAAGCAGCAACGUUAGUACCGCCACCAGCAAGCAAAGCAGCACCAAAGGAACUAACGCCAGCAGUAAUGCUGAAUCCGUCACGGUCAAGAUCAAAUGCUUUAUCGAUGGUAAAACGCAAGAUACAUGCAUCCGAGUCAAGCGAACGACGAAAAUGAAAAAGGUCGAAGACUGCUUGGCCAAACUGAUGAAUCUGGAGUCGUCGGAGAAUCUACGGUUCUUGGUGGACGGGGAACAAGUCUCACCUUGGGAGACACUGGAAACAAUGAAGGUGGUGGAUCCAGAGCAACAUUGGUUUACUGUCAUGCCCAAAGUAUCUGCUUUUCAGUAGUAGCACGUUCAGCCAGUCAGUCAGCCAGCCAACCAGCCAGUACCACUCAGUGAGUAGAUGGUUGCCACUUCCAACGCGUACUCGAUGGGCUGUUGGCACUUGUUUGGUGGGUUGGCUGACGGUUCUCGCAGUGUCUCAUUUCAUCAUGGAUGUUCUCUUGUAAAUUAGAGGUAGCUCAUUGCUCUACAUAAACUUGGGGUUAAAAAGGCAGAAGCUAAAAACAGCUCUUGCCCUUAGCUCUACGCUCUACCGGUACAAUGGAGCGUUCCCCUUGCAUGGCAUCAAAAUAGCCUCCUUAUGGCGCUAUCUAGCAGCCCCAAAGACCUAGCCCGCGACUACUUCCUUCUUUUAAGAUAAAGGGGAUCUAGCUAGAGUAGGAAAGUUAUCUGUAUGUUUCUUGAACUCAAAAAGUUUCAACCCGAGCUAGGCAAGGUGUUGGAAGGUGUGGAGGAGUUGGAUAGGCGCAACCGCUUCGCACGGCUUGUUCUGGAAUUGUUCUUCUGGCGUGUUCAGAGGCAACCCGAGCUAGGCAAGGUGUU